AUACUGCGCAACUUUCGAAAACAAAGUUCAGUUUAUGGUGGACUGUAGUUAAUACAAGAGUGCGAAAAAAAUAUCAAGGAGGAGCGUUCACUUUCGAGUGGCGAUUCCAGGCUAUCGCCAUGAGUUUGUGUAAACCGUCAAACAAAGAUUAUAUGGACAUAGAUGAAUUCUUGUCCUCUCGAGAUUUGUGCGGAGAUCUGGCCACGCUUACAGAGGCUGAUGUCGAUUUUACCAACCUCACCGAUCCAGUUGAUUUUUCCCUAUCAGCCGAACAGCUACAUGAAUAUACAGCUAACCAGUUAGACAUAGAGGAGCAGGUCGAGUCCGUAGCUUCUCCAGUUAGCAGCGACGAGGGGCGAGGAAAGAGCAUCUCGUCCGACACCGGUUCCAGUUUCUCUUUCUCCGAAAGGAGCAUUGAUGGUGAAUUCCCCCAGACCAGGAGUCGAAAGAGUUGCGAUAAAAGCGUAACAUCUGAGUCAGAGGAUAGCUCAAAAGCCAGGACAUCAACGUGGAAAGUGUCAUCAUGUCCUGAGAAACAGUGUCUUGCCACAUCAGUAGAGAUUGAGGGAGUCGCAUACACAUAUAACCUGAUACCAACAUCGAAAUCGCGUAAACCAAGACGAAGGUCAGUACCUGGGAGUAUGAAAGAUGAAAAAUAUUGGGAUAGACGAUCGAAAAAUAACGAAGCUGCAAAGCGUUCACGAGAUUUGCGAAGGAAGAAAGAAAUGUUGGUCGCUUCGAAAGCUGCCGACCUCGAGAUGGAGAACGAGGAACUAAGAGCCGAGGUCCAAUUUUUGAAAGAGAGAGUUAAAGUUUUGAACAAAAGACUUCAGGAAAAGACAACAUAGAAUAAAAUGAACAGAUGCAGAGUGGAAGUCCUGAUAAAAUGAAUUAAUGAGAACAUUAACUCUGCUUAUACCUGAAGUGCAAACCAGCUGAUUGUGAUAUUAAUUCUUCGUUGUUGAAGUGAAUUCUACUGUAAAAUAAUGCAUAAUGACAGUACAGUACUGUACAGGUUAUUACACAUUCUAAAACCAUGCAACACCAAAUUGUUAAUGUCUGAAACUAUUGAAUUAUUAUCUAGGAUUUUGUAGUAAUGUAUAUAAUUGAAACAUGCACAGUUAGUUCAUUGUCUUCUCUUGCAAGAUGGUUGUCAUAACAGAGAGUGAUUAGAGCAUGAAUUUUGGGAAAGCAAUUUGCUAUUGAGAUGUUAGAGAGUCAGCUUGAGGGAUCUUCUUUUUCCAUUCUCUCUUCAUUAUGACAAUGUUCUUGCAAGAAGAUGUAGUUUAGAUGUGGAGAGAAAAGAAAAAUUGCAUCAUUCAAAACACUACCAAACAUUGUAUGGGCAAGAGGCAAGUUCUUCAGCCAAAUGGCUUUGAACUUCAUACAUUAAAUAAAAGAGCAAAUAUAAAGUUCAAUGGCAUUCAUGUAGGCAGUUGAACUCAAACCUAUUAACACUGAUGUUCCAUACAUGAUGCAUGGCAGUCUGAAAGUUUUUGUCAAUGUUGGUUGGUGUUGGAUGAUCCAUUAGAGAGGUUUAGCAUGACAUUCACGGCAAACGCCAAACGGCAGAAAAGAUCAUGUGACCUGCUUUUUAUGAGUUUAACGUUGCAGUUUCAACGCGAGGGCGGGUUAUUUUGAG